GUGCCUCGCUAGAUCUCCGCAAAAACUCAACGAAACCGAUCCCUAGGGUUAGGGUUAGGGUUUCGUGGGAGCGGUGCGGAGGAGGAGGAGGAGGAGGAGGAGGAGGAGACGAAGCUCGUGGCGGCGGCGCCCAUGGCGGCGUGAGACGGAGAGGGGAUCGGAGCGAGCGGAAAUGGCGGACACGGCGGCGCCGCAGAGGAGCGAAGGAGGGGGAUGGGCGGUGGCGGCGUACAGGGCGUUGUCGGCGGAUAACGUGAAGGGGCUCGUGCUCGCGCUCUCCUCCAGCGUCUUCAUCGGCGCGAGCUUCAUCGUGAAGAAGAAGGGUUUGCAAAAGGCCGGGUCGUCGGGGUCUAGGGCAGGGAUUGGAGGUUAUUCUUACUUAUACGAGCCUCUUUGGUGGGCAGGCAUGGUCACAAUGAUUGUCGGAGAAAUAGCUAAUUUUGCAGCUUAUGCCUUUGCUCCAGCUAUUCUAGUUACUCCUCUUGGGGCACUUAGCAUAAUCAUCAGUGCUGCACUUGCAUAUGUUAUUUUAAGGGAAAAGCUACACAUUUUUGGCAUGCUUGGUUGUGUUCUUUGUGUUGUGGGAUCGACCACGAUUGUUCUGCAUGCUCCACAAGAGCGUGAGAUCAGCUCUGUGACAGAAGUUUGGGAUCUUGCUACUGAACCAGCUUUUCUAGUCUAUACAGCAAUUGUACUGGCUGCAGUGUUUAUACUUAUAUUUCGCUUUGCACCUCACUAUGGGCAAACAUAUAUAAUGGUGUACAUUGGCAUCUGUUCUCUUAUUGGCUCUCUCACGGUAAUGAGUGUAAAAGCUCUUGGAAUGGCUUUGAAGUUGACCUUCUCAGGAGUCAACCAAUUAGUAUAUCCACAAACUUGGGCCUUCACCUUAAUUGUAGCGGCUUGUGUCAUUACCCAAAUCAACUAUUUAAAUAAGGCACUUGACACAUUCAAUACAGCAGUUGUAUCACCAAUAUACUAUGUGAUGUUUACAUCAUUAACCAUUUUAGCCAGCGUGAUCAUGUUCAAGGACUGGGAUGGGCAAAACCCAACACAGAUCGUCACGGAGAUGUGUGGCUUUGUGACUAUUCUUUCUGGGACUUUUCUUCUUCACAAGACGAAGGAUAUGGUUGACGGUCUUCCUCUCCCAGUUCGACUUGAAAAUCAUGCCGACGAGGAUGGAUUUCCUCCCGAGGGGAUUCCGCUUAGAAGUCACAAUUCAUCACACAUUCCAUGAGUUCUUGUGGUAGAAAAUUCCCUCCAAUGAAAUAGGAAAAACUGCUUUUGAGGCAAUCAGCUUGUUGACGAAGCUCUACGUAUUUAUCCUUUUCACAUCAAGUAAGGUUCAAAGGCUACUUUCGUCUCCAAUUUGAAGAAGCAGGCGCUUUUCCUUUUCCGAGACAUGACGAGUAUACAGCUUGAUCGUGCUACAUAAGCAGUUGCUGAAAUACUGUUUCCUACUAGCUUAGUCGAAAAGCUGCUUUUAGAGAAAGGCACAUAUCAAUCUAUUAUGCUGGUGGGGAUUUUGGUGGUGCAGUUGUAUAGUCCUUUUCCUUCUUCCCACACUUUUCCUGCUAGGUUAUUAUUGUAGUUAUGCCAUGUAUUUACAUCAAUUCUUUUUCAUGUACGUAUCACAUAGAACAGAAAUUUGCAUUGUUUUUGAGAAACUUGUAUACAUUUCUUAUCUAGCAGAACGAAGAUCGAUCAAAUUCACAAUUUUGCUCUAUCUUUUGCUCCAUUGAAAAAUUGUCGAGAAUCUGAAAGGUGAUCAUACAAGGUGUAUCAAUUCUCCUCUA